AUGAUUCUCGGAAACGCAAAUAUUCUUCCCUUUCAGAAGUCCUGCCUGGACUUCCCCGCGGCUCCCGACGACCCCUCGGCCCGACCUUGCGGACUUCCGUCCGGCCUCCACACUCCACUUUUCACUAGCUGCUCAGCUCCUGUUGCCUGGCUCCCAGGGUCUGCAUGCGCUGAAGGACGCUGCCGGUUCGAAGACAUCUUCAGGCAAGUCUCAGACUGA